UCUGUUCGUAUUCAAUAUAUUUUGUUUUCUCAUUUACUUUCUAUUCCGCUUAUUUCUAUUGCUGAUCAGAGCUAAAUCUCCCCUUCUGAUUUAUGAUUUGCUUAUACGUAGCAAUCUGAAUUCUUCAUUCGUAGUUCAACUUUCGGUAUAAUUUAUUGAUGGAUAUGAAAGAGGAAGAAUACUAACUGCGCAGAAGAAUACUAUAUGUGUAGGACAAAUUGGGGAAAACUAAAGAAAAAAUAAAAGGUCGAAUUUCAUUACAAGUCUUGAGAUUAUUGUGAAGUUGUUUUUUAUGUUUAUGGAAGACACAAUUGUGUAAUUUCCUUGUCGCAGGCUCCUAUUUUCCUUUACUGUUCCUUAUUGCCAGUUUAUUUUUAGUCGACCUCGCGAGCAAAACUGCUCUGUUCUCCUCCUCGCAUUUUCCGUCUUUGAUUGAAAUCGAGCUGGUACUAGGCUAGGGUCCUGUAAUGCGUGCCGAACAGCCAAAAGACUCAAUGAAAGAGAUGGACUGGAAAACUCUGGGUGGAACAGAAAGUAAUGAAUCUGGUAUUGGACCAGCUGUGAAGAAACGGCUACCUAAAAAAAUUCGACAAGUUCCUGAGUAUUAUUUUCUUCCACGAAGAUCCUUACCAUACAACAUCGCCUUUUACGGGUCAUUUAUUGCUGCUGGUGUUGGUGCAGGAAUGCUGCUUGAAGUAUGGAUCAACAAGAAGAUAAAAGAGGAUGGAGGAGUCAUUUGGGAGUUUGACAAAUGAAUGCUGGAUUUUUCCUCAGCAGUUUCUACUCUUAACCUUUUCAAAUGCUCUUUCGUGCAAAGGAGUAAACGUGGUUCGGACAAGCUGAAUUUUGAAUCCAUUAGUACAUGAUUAUUAAUCUUUCUUUUGCAUUCAAACCAAUUUUGUAACAAUAUAUUUCAGGAGAGAUGAUGAGCUUAAUUGAAGCAGCACGUUCAGUGAAGAAGCUUAGUAUUGUUGUGUAUUUCAGGGGAAUUGUGUCGGAAUUUGCAAAUUCUACUGAAACAUUAAGUUAUAUAACGCCAUAAUGGCUUAAUAUUUGAAAAUAGAGACAUCAGGUAAAUGGCCGUGUUAUUUGUA